AAAAUUACAAAUACACAUUUGACCCGCUAAAAAUAUGGAUGGAACGCUUACAUUACUCAAAGCCACACAAUUGAAUAGAAUUUCAACGGUGUUUUUCCUUAACUUUAUUUAUUGAUGUACUUUCUAAAUAUUUGGUUAGAAAUCGAUUUUCGAAAAUAAACAAUUCUAAAAAUAACUUAACUACCUCCCGUAUAAAUCCCCCAUAAACACCAUCUAAUUCUCUUCAGACCUGCAAGAAACCAAAAAAAAAAGGAAACAAAACUACAAAAAAAAAAAAAGAAAAAGAAAAACCUUUCAGGUCUCAACAAAAAAAAGGAGAUGAAGAAGAUUGCCUGUGGAGUUCUUUUCGCUGCUGCUUCCAUGACCGCCGUCAUGGCUGCAGAUGUCGGAGCUCCGGCACCGGGACCCGCCGCAAGCGGAGCCUCCGUAGCCGCACCGGCUCUUGGUUCAUUGGUUGGGGCUUCCCUUGUGUCUCUCUUCGCCUACUACUUGAACUAAUUAAGCUUUAUACUAACCAAAAAAAAAUUGAUGUCUCUAUCAAUUUCUACUUUGUCUGAUUUUGUAUGCGUUGUUUAGAGAGGCAAAGUGAAUAAGACGGAAGAGGAUAUAUUUUUGAUUAUGGUCAGACAAACUUUAUGUAAUGCUGAUAAAUAAACAAAAAAAUUAAUGUGUUCUUCUA